AUGAACAUCGUUCUCUCCAGGUGAGCACAGGUGUGGGUGACGGAGGACACAGUGACCAACGCUGAGAAGUGCUUCGGCCAGUUCUACUCACUGCUGGCCACCUACACCCGCAAGACAGCCCGGCUGCGUGACAAGGCCGACCAACUGGUCAAGCAGCUCAUCGACUUCACCAACACGGAGAACCCAGAGAUGCGGGCCGUCCUGAGGAACUUUGCCGAGGACCUGGCCAAAGUGCAGGAUUACCGGCAGGCCGAGGGGAGCGAGCUGGAGACCAAGGUGGUCAAGCCCCUGAAGCCCUACGGGGUGCAGAUGAAGCAGACCCAGGCUGAGAUCAAGAAAUUCAAACACGUCCAGAACGAGGAGCUCAAACAACUGGAAAAGCUGGAGAGACUCAGGCAGAAGUCCCCUUCAGAGAGGCAGACCAUCGCGGAGACCGGCGUGCAGAGGGCCUUGGUGGAUGCCAGCCGCACCUCCCACCAGCUGGAGGAGACGGUGGAUGCCUUCCAGGAACAGAAGCUGAAGGACCUCCAGAAAAUUUUUUCGGACUUUGUGACCAUUGAGAUGGUCUUCCAUGCCAAAGCGGUGGAGGUGUAUUCCAGUGCCUUCCAGACCCUGGAGAGCUACGACCUGGAGAGAGAUCUGGAGGAUUUUAGAGCCAAGAUGCGUGGAGUUUAUGGGCGUUAUGACGCUCGGCUGCUCACGGACACCACCCUGUCCCCGGCUGUCCCGUGGUUUCUCAUCCAAAGCACCCAGAGCACCGUACGGAGCCAGAGAAAAGAAGCAGCCAGUGAGGACAAGUCUGCUGAGGAGGACCCCGUGGAGGACCUCAGGGGACAGGGGAAGGGGCUCCAUCGCUAGGAC